UCACAUUGAUCCUUAAUAAUUAACUGGAUGUGUUUCAAUGGCUGCUGUAGCUGUUGUUGGAGAAGGAUUCCUAGCCCGAGACAUAACCUUCCAAAACACAGCCGGUCCUUCGAAGCACCAAGCAUUUGCUCUCCGUGUGGGGGCUGAUCUCUCUGCAUUUUACCAAUGCGAUAUGUUGGCAUAUCAAGACACAUUCUAUGUUCACUAAAAUCAUCAAUUCUAUAUCAACUGUUGAGUAGCUGGCACUGUCGACUUCAUCUUCGGCAAUGCGGCCGCCGUGUUCCAAGACUGUGACAUACAUGCCCGAAAACCCAAUUCAGGCCAAAAGAAUAUGGUCACAGCCCAGGGAAGAACCGACCCUAACCAAAACACAGGCAUUGUCAUUCAAAAAAGUAGAAUUGGAGCCACUUCUGAUUUGCUGCCUGUUCAGAGUAGUUUCCCAACUUAUCUUGGAAGACCAUGGAAGGAGUAUUCAAGAACAGUGAUUAUGCAAUCAGCUAUCAGUGAUGUGAUUCAGCCUGCUGGUUGGCAUGAGUGGAGUGGUAACUUUGCGCUAAGCACAUUGUAUUAUGGAGAGUAUCAGAACAGUGGUGCUGGUGCAGGGACUGCAAAGAGAGUUACAUGGAAGGGAUUCAAGGUGAUCACAAGUUCAACAGAGGCACAGCAGCUCACUCCUGGUAUCUUCAUUGCUGGUGGUAGUUGGUUGCGGGCAACUGGAUUUCCAUUCUCUCUUGCUCUGUAAAUUUAUUAAAAUUGAGCAUGUGUUGCUAGCUUUCCAGUGGAUCCAUCUUUUUUCCUUAGGAUUUGGGUGAUUGUGUU